AAACACAGUAAAACCUUCCCGGGAUAUUUUAUGAGUCUUCCCACCCCACUCAUCCUGCUUUGCAGAGCAUGGAACAGGGGAUCUAGAUGGAGAUUCUUGGGGGGAGGGGUCCAGAACGUGGCUCCCCGGUUAAUGGGUGAUGGAAUUUGCACAAGAGCUGGGCAAAGGUGAAAGGGCCUGUCCUGCCCCAAAUCCCUCAUCCCUUCGCUCCGCUUCACUGACCCCUCUACUCCCUCCCCACUCCAGGCGGCUAACUUCAUCCAAACUCUGACCUCUUACACUCUCUACUUAACUCUGGCCCAGGGCAACCAAGACAAGAAGAAAGCAGGGCAGCAUGAGCCGAUCAUCCUCCCAUCCCAUCCAACUCCAAGCCACGGGCCCCCAGGAUGCCCUGGUUCCCCUGCCACCACCGCAGCCGCCUGUUGUCCAAAAUCCCCCCUCUCACCCUUGGACCUCUCAGUGUGGGCCUCCUCCCUGGGGCCUCAGCUGUCUUCUGGCUCUACAGCAUACCUUGGUCCUGGCUUCUCUGCUCUGUGCCUCCCACCUGCUCCUGCUUCAAAAUCUGCCCCCGGGAGAACUCUCAUACUCCCCUGCCCAACUCUUGGCCUCCAGCCUCUUUUCGUGCGGUGUGUCUACCACCUUGCAAAUCUGGAUAGGCAGCAGGCUCCCUCUUGUCCAGGCUCCAUCCUUAGAGUUCCUUGUCCCUGCUCUGGUGCUGACCAGCCAGAAGCUACCUCUGGCCAUCCAGACACCUGGAAACUGUGAGCACAGAGCAAGGGCAAGGGCCUCCCUUGCGCUGCGCCUGUGCGGGGGGCCUGGCUGCCAUGGCUUGACACUCUGGAACACUUCUCUCAGAGAGGUGUCCGGGGCUGUGGUGGUAUCUGGGCUGCUGCAGGGCACUCUGGGACUGUUGGGAGGUCCUGGCCACUUGUUCCCCCACUGUGGGCCCCUGGUGCUGGCCCCUAGCCUGGUGGUGGCAGGGCUAUCUGCCCACAGGGAGGUGGCCCUCUUCUGCUCUACUCACUGGGGACUGGCCUUGCUGCUUAUCCUGCUCAUGGUGGUCUGUUCUCAGCACCUGGGCUCCUGCCAGUUACCCCCCUGCCCCUGGAGACCAGCUUCAAACUCUUCCCCUCACACUCCCAUUCCUGUCUUCCGGCUCCUCUCGGUGCUGAUGCCAGUGGCCUGUGUGUGGAUCAUCUCUGCCCUUCUGGGUGUGCGUGUCAACCCCCCGGAGCUGUCUGCCUCCCCCGAGGCGCCAUGGGUCUGGCUGCCUCACCCAGCUGAGUGGAACUGGCCCUUGCUGACACCCAGGGCUCUGGCUGCAGGCAUCUCCAUGGCUUUGGCAGCCUCUGCCAGCUCCCUGGGCUGUUACGCCCUGUGUGGCCGGUUGCUGCAAUGGCCGUCCCCACCUCCCUAUGCCUGCAGUCGAGGGCUGAGCCUGGAGGGUCUGGGGAGCGUGCUGGCCGGGCUGUUGGGGAGCCCUAUGGGCACUGCCUCCAGCUUCCCCAACGUGGCCACCGUGAGUCUUCUCCAGGCUGGCUCUCGGAGAGUGGUGUACUUGGUGGGGCUGCUCUGCGUGGGGCUUGGGCUCUCCCCGAGGCUGUCCCAGCUCCUCACCGCCAUCCCGCUGCCUGUGCUUGGUGGGGUGCUUGGGGUGACCCAGGCCGUGGUUCUGUCUACCGGAUUCUCCAGCUUCCACCUGGCUGACAUUGACUCGGGGCGGAAUGUCUUCAUUGUGGGCUUCUCCAUUUUCAUGGCCCUGCUGCUGCCAAGAUGGCUUCGGGAAGCCCCGGUCCUGCUGAGCACAGGCUGGAGCCUCUUGGAUGUGUUACUGCGCUCGCUGCUCACAGAGCCCAUCUUCCUGGCAGGACUCUUGGGCUUCCUCUUAGAGAACACCAUCCCUGGUACAAUGCUUGAGCGAGGCUUAGGUCAAGGGCUGCCAUCUCCUUUCGCUGCCCAAGAGGCUCGGCUGCCUCAGAAGUCCAGGGAAAAGGCUGCCAAAGAGUAUGAGCUUCCUUUCCCCAUCCAAAACUUGCGUCCCUACAUCCCUCAACCCCUUCGUUGCCUCUGCCCGCUGCCUGAAGACCCUGGGAAUGAGGAAGGAGGGCCCUCUGAGCCAGGAGAGACAGCCGACUUGUUGCCUGACUUUGGGGAGCAGUGUCCUGAGUCUAGCAGCGAACUUGGGUCCCAGUGAUUACUAGGACUCCUGCUCCUGUCCUGGUUAGUUUACCCUAUCUCCCAGCUUGCUGGAGAGUCAGCUCCCAGGUUCUGAUUUCUCUUAGGAAGAAUGUGUGUGCACAUGCAUGUGUAUGUGUAUGUGUGUGAGAAAUGGGCCCACCUAAGGGUCUCAUUUCCCAAUAGGUGUGUUGCCUUUCCUUCUCUUAAUUAGGCCUGUUUCAGGCAGGGGCCAUGGUUUAGUGGGCCAUGAUUGAAUGAAUGAAAUUCUGCAUGUGAACUCUCUAUGGUCAAACCCCAGCGUUCACUUAACAAAUAUUUAUUGAAGGCUUCCCAUGUGCAAGGUUCUGGAACUGCAGAUGUGGAUAAGACAGGGUCCCUUCCCUCUUAAGGCACCUACCAUUUAAAAAGACCUGUGUAAUUACUAACUAAAAUCUAAGGCAAAAGGCAGUCUAUAAUAAAGAUUCAAACAAUGCUAUGGGAGCAAAAAGGAA